AUGGAUAACAACGUGACCGUCAAUCAAGGAGCUACAAGGCGCACACACACUUAUACUUUCCAUCGCGAGGGUAUGGUUCAAUUGGGACAAUUGGGUGAAUUGGUCACUGGUCAUAAUGAAACAGUGUUCAGUGACAAUUAUGGCAACAUAUUAUCUCUUCUGUAUUCGCGUGUCGACGAAUGGGCCUUAUCUACUCUUCUUCAGUUCUACGACCCAGAUAUCCGUUGUUUCACAUUUUCGGAUUAUCAGCUAGCUCCCACUCUUGAAGAGUACUCUUACCUCCUCAACAUCAAGAUUCAACACAGAGUGCCUUUUGUUUGUGUCCCAGAGAAACCUAGGUUGGAUUACAUUGCCAACGCUCUUUAUUUGAGCUUGGGGGAUGUUCAUGAUAACUGGAAGAAGAAUGGUGAUACUCAUGACUUCUACAUGAGUUUCCUGGUUGAAAAAGCUCAAGAAUUUGCUGACAAAGGAAUAUGGGAGGCUUUCAAUGCUAUUUUGGCCGCUCUGAUCUAUGGAAUUGUGAUGUUUCCCAACAUUCACAAGUUCAUUGAUUUGGCUGCUAUAUGUCUUUUUAUGGACAAGAAUCCAAUACCCACCCUAUUGGCUGACACGUAUUAUUCCAUUCACUCUCGGCAUGGUAAAAGAGGGGCUAUUAGAGGUUGCUUGCCGCUGUUAUAUAAAUGGUUCAAAUCUCACUUGCCUGCUAGUGGUCUGUUUGUUACCUCUACUCAGAAAUGGUCUCAGAGAAUCAUGGGACUUACUGCAAACGAUAUCGUAUGGUAUCAAUUCCGAACAGGCAUAUCUGAAGUCAUUAUUAGGUGCGGAAACUUUGGUAACGUCCCGCUCAUUGGGACAAGAGGAUGUAUUAACUACAACCCAGUUCUAGCUCUUCGUCAGUUGGGCUAUACCAUGAAGAGUGGGCCUUCGGAUAGGGAGAUUUACCAAUCCGUAUACUUUGAAAAGGGAGCUGACCCUAUAGCGCUUGAGGAAAUCAGGAAGGCCUGGAAUAACAUUCAUAUAGGUGAGAGAUCCACUCUGGGAGCCAAGAAUGCCAUUGCUAUGGAGCCCUAUACCGAUUGGGUUAAGGAGAUAGUCAAGACACUUUUGUUACCAUUCCCGGAAGUUCCUCUCUUGUAUGCACAACCUCCGAAGAUAUCAGAAACUAUGGUAUCAAGGGAACGUUUUGACCAGGUCCGCGUCGCCAAUUUGAGACUGAAAGAGAAAGAUAGGGAUAUGGAUUUGAAGCGCUAUUUCCUUAAACAGACAAAGAAUGAACUGGCCCGUGAACUUAAAACUCUCAAAGGAGAGUCUUCUCAAGCCAGGAAGAGGGUUAGAACUGAAAAGGACGGAAAAGCUGUUGUCGCUCCUACUGAAGAUCCUCAAAAGGUUAUAGAAAAGGCUAUAAAGGAAGAAAAAGAGAAGCUCAGACGAGAGUAUCAAGAAGACCUGAAAGCCCACAAGCUCCGACUGGAGAAAGAAACCAAAUCACCACCAGAUUUGUUGGAUGGGGUCUCUAUUGCUCUUUAUAUUGAAACAUUGUUAUUUGUGUUUGAACCUACUCGCCUUAGGGGGCUAUUAUGA